CACACACACACACACAAAUAAAUAAAUAUAUAUGGAUACGGUGAAGGGAUUAGGGGCAGGAAGUCCGGUGGUAAUAUUCAGCAAAAACAACUGUUGCAUGUCCCAUGCAAUCAUGGUACUAAUACGAGGUUUCGGGGCAAACCCUGUGGUAUACGAGCUUGACCAUCUAACCAAUGGGCUUCAGAUGGAGAAGGCGUUGACUGAGCUAGGGUGCAGCCCGAGCGUACCGGCAGUGUUCAUAGGCAAGAAAUUUGUCGGUGGUUCUAAUGAGAUUAUGAGCCUCAACAUCAAAGGGGAGCUCAAGAAAUUGCUUAUCAAGGCCAACGCUAUAUGGAUGUAGUAGGAAGAAAACACACGAACCUUUACUUAUAUGACAUUUUGUAGGGUGGGGUGUAGUUAUGUGAGCUGCUCUUAGCUAGAAACAUAAUCAUAUUUCGAGUAUACGUAACUAUAUAUCGAAUAUAGAUAGGUAUACUGAGUGAGAGGCCUUUUUUGUUGUACUAGUGUAUGGUAGAGAUGCCUACUCGUAUUAUAGCAUGUAUUUUAAUUGUCAAGUCUUUAAUAUAGUUCGAACCUAAAUUUUAUGUGCCCUGAUCAUUCUCUUGAAAACUCCAAAUUCUCGAUCAUACGGACAGUACUAAUAGCGUAUUAAAGACUAUAUUCGGUUAAUGCUGUAGGCAGAUAAUUAAGAUUUUAUUCAAAGUGUGAGGACAAAUGCAGACAAAAUGUAUAAGCUUAUUAUAUUCGAUUAGAUGAUAAUGUUUAGCUGAAUCGAUCGAAAUUAUUUGCAUAAUAAGAUGAAA